CACAGGGUUUCUUAUCUAAAAUUUUUAUUAUGAUCUACCCAUAAGGAUGUUGAAGUACCAUGGGUAUAUUGGUGAAAACAGCAACCAGGGAAUCCAGGAAAAAAUACUAAAGUGCUGAUUUCUCACUCCCUACUACUGUCACUGGCUAGAGGUAAGUAACUUUCAUAACCUCUUAUUCGUGGAACAUAUAUAUUGGAAGCUUAAAACUGAGAUAUUAUGGAACAAUGUUAUGUCUAGAAUUAAUAUAAGCCUUUGAAAAAUAAAUUAGACUAAUGCAAGUCAACUUUUUCGUUCGUUUCAAGUGUGUCACACAGUUUAAUAUCACUCCCUACAAAAAGUUCAAUAAUUAUUUUCAACUGACAGAGAAGGGAAAUUUUCAUGCAGUUUCAGUGCUAUUGGCAACCCUGAUCUAAUAUGGCGUCUGUAAGGUUUGUUUCACUUUUCUAGACCAUUCCAUGUGAGAUUUACUGAAGUCACUGGAAAGUCAAGUAAAUGCGUGGUUUUUUUGACCCUCACUACCUACUCUUGAUGCAUUUUCGUACUGGUUAGUCAUGAGUCCUCGAAGAAAACGGAGCCAGGCUGAGAUGAAGGCAUACUGGAAGGAAGCUGCAAAAAGAAGACGAGAAAGAAUAAAAAAUGAUCCGAUACUGCUAGAAAUAGAACGAGAAAAAGAAAGAAAAAAGUAUGCCACGAAGAAGAAGAAAGGUCAGGUAAAAUUAGUGAAGGACAUCACAAGCGUAAGGGAUCUGAAGGCUCAACGUAAGGCAUGGAGGGAGAGGGCUAAAAGAUCUUACGAGAGGAAAAAAACACAAGGGAAGGCAGUCAGCUUUUUGGCAAGUAACACUCCUCCUGAAAGUGACAACGAUGUCCAAGCUCCCAUACCAGACAACUUAGGCCUACUUCAAUCUCGACGGAAAUCUGGGAGAAAGAAAGUGAAGAAAAAUAGGGCUAAAGUAGCAAGAGACAACGUGAAACUUAAGAAAAAGAAUAAAGAAUUACAGAAACUAUCAAACAAAUGGCGUCAAAAGUUUUUUAGGUUAAAACAUCAAAUAAGUAAAAGCACUGACAAGAAUUCUCCGGGUAAGAUUGUGGCUCGGAUAAUGAAAUCUGGAGACAAGAAAGAAGUUAGGAGACGUCUACUUUUCGGUGAAAUCUGUAAACGCCAGCUACAUGAAAGUUUCAAUGGACUUCUUUUGAAAAAAGAAAAAAGAAAAUUUGGACAAAUUGUAUGCGGGAACACCAAAACUUUUAAAAAAUAUCGUCUUCUAUCAGGCUUGAGAUCUAUAUCAGAAAAAGUGUUUAGGAAAAAACGUGUUUUACUUACGAAUAAUUCCGUAAUGCGAACAAAAAUGUUGAAGAUAAGUGAUAAGGUUAAACAAGACGUGCAAACAUUUCUUGAGGAUGAUGAACAUUCAAAGUUAUGUCCCGGGAAAAAGGACUGUAUUACAAAGAAAAAGGUAAAAAAACAAAAACGAAUUCUUUCAAGUUCUCUUAAAAAGCUUCACACCCUCUUCUGUAAGCAGGUUGAUUACAAAAUAAGCUACACCACCUUCACAAAGCUAAGACCAUUUUGGAUCGUUUCUCGCAAACAAAACGAAAGGGACACAUGUAUGUGCACAAUCCAUGCAAACAUGGAGCUACUAACUUCAAGCUUAUUCAAAGCUAACAUAAUUGGCCAUUCUCAGCCUAGUGAUCUUGUUAACCUUGUGUGCUGCGACAGCCAAAACCCGUCAUGUUUGCAAAGAACUUGCACUAAUUGUAAAGAUCUUAUGGUUCCCUACUUAUUAUUUGAUGGAUCAUCAGAAGUUUGUUUCCGUAGAUGGGUAAACAAAAUGGAAACAUACAAAAAUAAAAAUGGUGUAGAAAAGCAAACCAAACACACAGUUAAAGAAACUGUAACAAUGACAGCCUUAGAAGCCAUUAACUUGUUUGAAAAAGAAUUUCCUAAGUUCUUAUUCCAUGAAGGCAUCAUUUCACACCAAUUUCGAGCCCUUAGAUUCCUUAAGAAGAGGCUGAACGAAGAAGAAAUACUAAUCCACAUGGAUUAUAGUGAAAAUUAUUCACUUAAAUACGCUUCAGAGGUACAGUCGUUUCAUUUUGGUGGAAGUCGCAAACAAAUUACACUCCACACUUGUGAAAUUUACUUUAAAAAAGAUGCUUACAGCCAAGUAUCUUCAAAAUCCAUGUGCACUUUAUCGCAAAGUUUAGACCAUGGGCCUCAUGCAGUCUGGGCUCAUCUACAGCCCGUUUUUCAGAUGAUUAAAAACACUGUUCCCAAAAUCAAGGCUGUUCACUUCCUCUCAGAUAGCCCAGCCACUCAGUACAGAAAUCGCACUAUAUUCUAUUUACUGGGUAGUGCCAUAACUGCAUCAUUUGACCACAUUUCUGUGGCAACAUGGAACUAUUCAGCUGCUGGUCACGGGAAGGGAGCUCCUGAUGGAAUCGGCGGCUGUUUGAAGAGGACAGCUGACACAGUUGUUGCACAAGGACAUGACAUUGAUAGCCUGCCAAGAUUGGUUGAGGUCCUGCAGGAAAAUACUCGAAAUAUAGUACUUUGUGUUGUCCAUGAAGAUGAUAUUAAAGCUAUCAAGCAAAUGAUUCCACAAUCUCUUCCUCCAUUUAAAGGAACCAUGAAGACCCACCAGAUUGUUUUCCUAAAAGACAACCCAAAGGAACUCAAAAUGAGAACAUUAAGCUGCUUCCAUUGUUUUGACUGCAAAAAGCAUCUUCUGGGGACUCAUGAUCUUUCUGGAGUUAUAUCUGAGGACAUUCAUUCUCCAACCCAAAUAGUAGAUGUGGACUGCGAGAUUUUGAACGAUGAAAUACUUCAUCCGGGGCCUUCUACCCAGCCUCAAAUUGAGGUCGCCAAGAUGCAAUCAACGACAUUAAAUAUGUCAACCACUGAAACACCAGCCCCUGGAAGUUUUGCCUUGGUUCAAUUCAGUGGUUUUGGGAAUAAAUCGUUUCGAUACGUUUGCAGUGUAGAGAAGCUUGACCAGAAAAAUGGUUCACUAUGGGUAAACGGUCUAAGAAGCUUUGAACACUCACGCAAACAAUUUAUAGUGAAAGAAAACGACGAAUGUGCUGUAAAACUAGAAGAUGUAGUCGCAAUACUUCCCCUACCUCGGCAAGCGAUGGAGUUUGAGGCAGCUGCUACUUUGGUAUUGACAGAGACGGGGAUAGUUGAAGAUCCAGCAAUCGUCCACCUAGCAGAGCCAUUGGUGUCUUCAGAUCUUAAGAGCUGA